UCCUGGGCGCCCUAGACUCCCUGUGACUGGCUUCUUUGCUCUUACCAGGCCGUUGCUUUCGGCUUCUGUCUUCUUUUCGGGGUUAGCCAAUCUUUGAGGAGAAGGCCAGCAGUCUUUGAGGGAAGAUGGAAGACGUGGAGAAGCCGGUCAAUGCUGGUGAGGAGAAGCGAAAGGAAGGAAGCAAGAAGAAAAGCAAAGAAGGAUCUGGAGAUGGAGGUCGAGCAGAGUUGAAUCCUUGGCCUGAAUAUAUUUACACACGUCUUGAGAUGUAUAAUAUACUAAAAGCAGAACAUGAUUCCAUUCUAGCAGAAAAGGCAGAAAAAGAUAGCAGGCCAAUUAAAGUCACGUUGCCUGAUGGUAAACAGAUCGAUGCAGAAUCCUGGAAAACUACCCCAUAUCAAAUUGCUUGUGGAAUUAGGGGUGUGUCCAGCAAUGAUUUCUCUUCUUUGGAGGCUUUAUGUAAGAAAAUCAUUAAAGAAAAACAAGCUUUUGAAAGAUUGGAAGUUAAGAAAGAAACUUUACUGGAAAUGUUUAAGUACAAUAAGUUCAAGUGCCGGAUAUUGAAUGAAAAAGUGAAUACUCCAACUACCACAGUGUAUAGGUGUGGCCCCUUAAUAGAUCUUUGCCGGGGUCCUCACGUCAGACACACUGGCAAAAUCAAGACUUUAAAGAUACAUAAAAAUUCCUCCACAUACUGGGAAGGCAAAGCAGAUAUGGAGACUCUCCAGAGAAUUUAUGGCAUUUCAUUCCCAGAUCCUAAAAUGUUGAAAGAGUGGGAGAAGUUUCAAGAGGAAGCUAAAAACCGAGAUCAUAGGAAAAUUGGGAGGGACCAAGAACUGUAUUUCUUCCAUGAACUCAGCCCUGGAAGUUGCUUUUUCCUGCCCAAGGGAGCCUACAUUUAUAAUACGCUUAUUGAAUUCAUUAGGGUGUAUUGGCACUCAAGUGCUCACAUAAUGGGUGAAGCCAUGGAAAGAGUCUACGGUGGAUGUUUAUGUUAUGGUCCACCAAUAGAAAAUGGAUUCUAUUAUGACAUGUACCUUGAAGAAGGCCUAAUGUUUGAUCAUCGGCCACGAUCCUGGCGAGAGUUGCCUCUGCGGAUAGCUGACUUUGGGGUACUUCAUAGGAACGAGCUGUCGGGAGCACUCACAGGACUCACCCGGGUACGAAGAUUCCAGCAGGAUGAUGCACACAUAUUCUGUGCUAUGGAGCAGAUUGAGGAUGAAAUAAAAGGUUGUUUGGAUUUUCUACGUACUGUAUAUAGCGUAUUUGGAUUUUCUUUUAAACUGAACCUCUCUACUCGCCCAGAAAAAUUCCUUGGAGAUAUUGAAGUGUGGAAUCAAGCUGAGAAACAACUUGAAAACAGUCUGAAUGAAUUUGGUGAAAAGUGGGAAUUAAACCCUGGAGAUGGAGCUUUCUAUGGUCCAAAGAUUGACAUACAGAUUAAAGACGCAAUUGGUCGGUACCACCAGUGUGCAACAAUCCAACUGGAUUUUCAGCUGCCCAUCAGAUUUAAUCUUACUUUUGUAAGCCAUGAUGGUGAUGAUAAGAAAAGGCCAGUGAUUGUUCAUCGAGCCAUCUUGGGGUCAGUGGAAAGAAUGAUUGCUAUCCUCACUGAAAACUAUGGGGGCAAAUGGCCCUUUUGGCUGUCUCCUCGCCAGGUAAUGGUAGUUCCAGUUGGACCAACAUGUGAUGAAUAUGCCCAAAAGGUACGGCAACAAUUCCAUGAUGCCAAACUCAUGGCAGAUAUUGAUCUGGAUCCAGGCUGUACAUUGAAUAAGAAGAUCAGAAAUGCACAGUUAGCACAAUAUAACUUCAUCCUAGUUGUUGGUGAAAAAGAAAAAAACAGUGGCACUGUUAAUAUCCGCACAAGAGAUAAUAAAGUCCAUGGGGAACGUACCAUUUCUGAAACCGUUGAGCGCCUGCAGCAGCUCAAGCAGUCCCGCAGCAAACAGGCAGAGGAAGAAUUUUAACAAAGUACUUUGCCCAGAUUGGCUUAGUGGAAAUGGGUGAGCAGUGUUACUGUGUUACUGUUAUAUUGACUUUGUACUCUGGAAGACAUCAAUUUAUAUUGAACUUGUAAUAGCUUGGCAGAGUCUACACAGGUAACUGCAGGAUCAACCUUUUUGAUCUGGACAGAUUUUAGACAAUGUAUAUUUGAAGAAGUUAAUUAAAAGAGACCCAUUAAAAUGAUUUUAUUCAUUAAAUAUCUGAACACUGGAAAUAAAACAUGAGGAAUGCUUUAGUGUAAUGUGAGAGAACUUUUUUGUAAAUUUAGUGUGGUUGAAAAAUAAAA